AGUGUUAUCAAUCAGUCACAUUUGAGAUUUCUCUUAAGAGUCAAUAAACAAUGAAAUUUAUUAUAAUUUUGUACAUUUUUGCAAUUAUUUUGGUCUGCAAUGCUGGUAUUUUGCAAAGGAACACUAGAAGUGAGGAUGUAGAAAGUGAAGUUAAUAAUGCUACUGAACACAAUCAAGUCAAUGAUGCUGAAACAACUACCCGUAAAGCAGGAGAACAAGCUAUAAUUGACGUAAAGUGUCCACCAGGAAGAAUUUAUGUUGCAAAAACAUGCAGAAAAGCUGAAAAAGUGAAGAGUUUCUUCUAGAUUUCUCCCAAAAGCUCUAAAAUAAAAAUAAGUUGCGAUUGUGAUAAGAAUGAACAU